AUGUACUUAAUAAGCCUCGUUGCAUUUAUUGCUAAAUUCUUCAACCUGGCUGCCACCUCGGUCAACAAUAGUUCCUUCCCUGAUGUUGAUCUUACUAAUCCUUUGAGACUCUUCACCAACAUUCCAGCAGGACUUAAUUUUAAUGAAGUCAUUUUUCUCGAAAGAAACGGAUUCUAUCUUGGUGGCAUAGACUCUCCCUCAAUCUACCACUUAAUAAAUGGUACAGCUGUGUAUUUUGGGGAUGUCAGAGAUAAUAUCAUGCCGGGUACAGUUGGCACUACUAGGAGUGUUACAGAUGUCGACUAUGGUUCCUUACUGACAGAGUACGGUUAUGAAGCUAAUACAGAUUAUGUCUCGCGUUGGAUCGCCACUCAUGUAGUAAUCUCUCCAUUGAAUGCUACAGAGUUUUUCCAAACACCCGUGCCAGUACCAGUGCCAGUGCCGAUAACAAUACUGCACCAACAGGUGAACUCAAAACUACAUUAG